AGAAACAAAAACAGUAUAAUCCCCUUAUGAAGGAACAUUAGAUCUAUAUUUUAUCAGAGAAGUACAACUUAGGUUUUAAGUUUUAAAAAACUUCAUUUUCACAAAAAAAUAAUAUUCCCAGUUUUUGCCGAGUGAUGUAAAUAGAGAUAAAGAAUGACGGAAUCGUACGAUUUUCUUUUUAAAUUUAUUGUGAUCGGGAGCGCCGGCUCUGGGAAAUCCUGCCUCCUGCACCAGUUCAUCGAAAAGAAAUUCAAGUCUGAGAGCAGCCACACGAUCGGCGUGGAAUUCGGGACCAAGAUCGUCACAAUCGGUGGGAAAAAUAUCAAAUUGCAAAUAUGGGACACGGCGGGUCAAGAAAGAUAUAGAUGUCUAACAAGAAGUUAUUAUAGAGGAGCAGCAGGCGCAUUGUUGGUUUACGAUAUUGCUAAUAGAGAAAGUUACAACUCCUUAGGUGAAUGGCUUGCCGAUGCUAAGUCACUAGCGAGCCCUAACAUUGUUAUAAUAUUGGCUGGUAAUAAAAAAGAUCUCGAAGACGAGCGUCAAGUUACAUUUUUGGAAGCUUGCCGAUUUGCCCAGGAAAACGAACUAGUCUAUUUGGAAACGUGUGCAAAAUCGGGCGAAAAUGUCGAAGAAGCAUUUUUAAAGUGUUGCCAAACGAUAUUAUCCAAGAUACAAAAUGGUGAACUCGAUCCAGAUAGAAUUGGCUCGGGUAUACAAUUUGGCACUUCUAAACCCAGGACCUUGAAACAGGAACAUGGGAGAAAGCAGCCAGACUGCUUUUGCACUAUGUAAUACAAAUGUAAAACAUUAUAUUUAUUUAAAAAAAAGUGUUAUAGCUACUAGCUUUAUAGGUUUGAGAAUUUCCUAUAGAUAGAAAAGAAAAAGACAAAUAAUUUAAACAUUCCAUUUUUAAAGCUUUCUUGUUAUAUUUUAAUCUUUUCCAGGUUGUUACUUGUUUUGUUUUUAACAGUUAAGUUUACCUGAACAGUUUUUUUGCACCUUGUGGAUAGAAUAAGCUAACAUUUUUAAAAAUGUUGUCUAUGUGAGCCUUAUAUUUCUAAAUAUAUUUAAUAAGCUUUAAAAACCAAAAUUCAGCCUGGCGUUCAAAUUCCAAAGUUGUUUACAGUCAUGUUUUUGUUGUUAAUUUAAUUUUGUUAAGUUAAUCAUUGUCCGUCCUUAUCUUUGAUUUCUUUAUAAUUAAUUUAAUUGUGAUUGUAGUUGUGGUAUUAUUUCGAAGUGAGCUAUCAUUUUUACUUAAUUUCUCUUUCUUUACACAAUUGUUCCUUAUUCACAAGUAUACCUAAAUGAUUAAUCUAAUAUUUACCAUAUUUUUUGUCCUUUAUAAUUUUUUUUUUCAUUCUUUUUAGAAUCAAUUAGAAUAACACAUUUUCCCUUUACCUUGCAGUUUUCACAUUAGUUUUGCUAUUAGUUAUCAUUUAGUUGUUAUUGUUUUUUUUUCACUCACCGAAGCUUUAAGCGAAUCUCAAAAAAAACGAAAAUUUAUUUAAUCUCUUAAAUUGUAGUACCUGCGAAUGUACGAGAAUAGACCAAAUCGUUUGCUCUUUUUUUCCUUAGUGUGAUCUACUUAAACAUUCAUCAUCCUUAGUGGUAAAAACGUUUAAAAAGAAACUAAAUUUUAUCAGUGUAAAAUGUAUGUGAAAAAAAUAUAUUUUUGUAAAUACUGAUGGGUCAGCGGGGGAUUGUGUGCAAGUGAUAAUCGGUGCUUGUGAAAUUAUAUAUCUAUUAUUAAAAAAUAAAGUAACAUUGUCUAGUCUUAUUCUUAUAGAAAAUAUAUAUAUAUAUAUUAGAAAAAGAUCCUGAUAAAUUGUUGAUUUGUAAUAAUUUUAUUUUUCAUUGAUUUAAUGGAAAUGUUUAGAAGGACAAUAAUGGGAAAAAAAUAUUUUUGUUGCUACGAUAAAAUGUCAGAAAUAU